AUGCGCGAAGCGUUGAGAUGCGCGUUCGGUGCGCUCGCCCGCGCCCGCGCGAGCGCAUCGAGCGUCCCGUCGACGAGCGGCGGUGGUGCACAGCUCGAGACUUUCCAAAACAUGACACGCAUUCGAUGCGAUUCCGCGCGCACUCGCGUCGCACGACGCGCGUACGCCACCGAAGACGACGCGAUUGCGGACAAGGUUCGACGAGAAGUGCGCGCGGGCGAUCGACCGGCGUUCGUGGACGUCGCAGCGCACGUGUUCGGUACGGAAGACGACGCGUCGUUGGGACGCGCGAAACGCGCGCGAGGCUGGGACUGGCACGCGGUGCAGCUGUUAAUCGCGUGCGUCCCGGCGGCGUUGUCUUACGCGGCGGUGAUGGAGAUUGAGCGAACGUACGUGCCGCAGUACGCGCGUGAGAUGGAGAAGCGAGAGGCGAGGCAGCGGGAGAAGGUGCUGGAGACGACGCGCGCGGACGCGAUGAAAGGGACGCACGCGCAGGAGGCGAUGGAGCGGAGAUUGGCCGAGCUCGAGGCGCGCGUUCGCGGGAUGGAGGAGACGAAGGCGGCGGAGAAGACGGCGGAGAAGGCGAAACCGGUCACAGUGAAAGGGCAAAAAAAUAGUUGA